AGAUAAGGAAUAAGAAAAAUCGUCCAAACUGACAUACCUAUAUGACACAGAUACUUUUACAUCUAAAAUGAAUAUGUUUUCAGUUAUCUGCAUAUAUUAUUCAUACAAUACCAGCACAUUGGCAAAAUGCUUUUGAAGAGUUAGUUUCUAGUUUCCAACCCCAUCAUCUGCCUAAUGUAGAACCUGAGAGGGUGGUAUGGAUUCUUUUAGAGAUUUUAACUGUGAUACCAGAAGAGUUUCAAAGUACCACACUUGCUCUAAACCAAAGAAACAGAGUGAGAACGGUCCUGCAGGAUGUAUCGAAAGAUAUUCUCAAAGUUGUUGAGAUGUGUUUGAUGCCAAUGCCUAAUGCAGGUUUGAACAUGUCAAAUUUGACAACAUAUUUGAAUGCUUCAAAAUGUGCUGCUGCUUGGAUACAACUAGGAGGACUCAGUAUUGAUGAGUGUGUAAUUAUUAUUGACUUAUUACUUGACUUAACCUGUUUUGUUUACUGGAAUAAAACAGAUCCUGAUGGUUUAAUGCCUGAAGAAAUGGAUGUAAUGGAAACUGCAGUUGAAGCACUCACUGCUAUUAUACAACAUCCCCAUACACAUAGAUACAAAAACAAUGUAACAAAAUAUGCCGCCAAUAUUUUGUAUAAAUUUGAUAAAAUACUGGCCGCAGAAAGAAGUUUACCAGAACUGAACAAGGACGUUGUGGCUAUACUUUAUGGAUUAAUUAUUACUAUUGCGGACUCACAUUCAAAAAUAUUUAUAGAAAAUUUGAAAUCUCAGAACCAGGAAGAGCAGCGUAUUGCAUUUGAUUUAUUGAAUUCAAUUUUGAAGUGCACCAACCUACCCGGAUUGUACCCUGUAGAUGAAUCAAGCAGUACCUUAACUUUUGGGUUUUGGUAUACCUUACAGGAUGACAUAAUUUCGUUAGGUACAGCAGAAUGUGCACAGUUAAUCUUAACUGUCAAACCCUACUAUAGGGACCUAGUGUGUAUUAUGCUACGUAAGUCUAUGUAUCCAGCUAUAGACAACAGCAGCUGGUCCUUAGAUGACAAAGAAGUAUUCAGAUGUUAUCGGCUGGACAUAGCUGACACUUUUAUGUACUGUUAUGUUAUACUAAACAUAGAAAUGUUAGAUCUGCUCAAUACGAAAUUGAAUGAAGCUUUAAAAAAAGAUUGCACAAACGGUAUUUCAUCUCAUGCAAUCCAAUGGACAGAAGUUGAAACUGUUUUACAUGCCUUUGGGGCCAUAGCAGAAGGUUUGGAGUAUGAGAAUGUAUAUCUUCCUAAGUUGAUGCAGACUAUUAAAGACAUACCUUUCAACGAGCUGAAUAGUAAAGUGAUGACAACUGCGUUACAUACUGUUGGUGCAUAUUCAGAGUGGUUCUUAGACCAUCCAGAAAACCUAGGUCACGUAUUUCCAUUGAUUUUAUCUACCUUAGCAAAUGCUGAAGUUUCUACGAGCUCGACAAUGUCCUUGAAAAAUAUAUGUCACGAUUGUCAAAAACAUUUAGUACCAUAUGCUGAUCAUAUCCUAAUGUCGGCCCAGGUAGCUUUACUAAGUGGAAACUUGGAAUUUGCUGAAUGCCGAAGAAUUAUGUACAGUAUAGGAAAGGUGCUUAGUGUUCUGCCUGUUGAUAGGACAAUGGAGUAUUUAAACAUAAUCUUAGCACCUUCGUUUGAAGAGUUGCACAAAUUGGCGAAUGCUGAGCCGACACCAUCAAUAACUAGCUCAGUAGUUACCAGAUUGAGCGUUUUGGUGUCUUUAUUCAUUUCAUUGCAUGUUGAAACAGAAGAGAAGGUAGAGCAACCUUUGCUUGUAGUUAUGCAAAAUACUAUGCCUCUCUAUAGGAUCAUUGCGGAAAAAUAUUGCCGAAAUCCUGACGUCAUGGAGGAUUUGAGUGCUAUAUUUAAAUAUGGCGUGACAACAUUAAAAGACGAUUGUAAACCCCUCCUCAACGAUAUGCUGCAAAUAAUAGUAACUAUAUACAGGGAGGUUCCACAAGCGAAUAUUUUAGUUGUAGCUAAAACUAUUUUAAUAUUAUUUGGUAGAGAAGAUGAGUUGACCUCAAUGAACCAACAACUUCUGCACGAAAUUGUGAAUGUAACGUUACAAAUGUGCGCUCAGUAUAGCACAACCAAUCAAUUAUCAGAGAAGGCCGAUGUUUUAGAGGGAUUUUUCUCCUUGUUGGCCAAUUUAGUCAAAAAGGUUCCUCAUUUAAUCAAUAGAGGCGGCAUUGAUACUUCUGCCCUGUUCCAGUGUGCAAUCCUGGCUUUAGUAUUGCCUGAAAUUCAAACUUUGAAAGCUGUAGCCAGUUUCUUGGUCCAUUUUAUUUCACAAAGUCGAGAAUCCUCGCAAGCAGAUGUUGUACAAACUUUUGGAGAAAGUUUAGUAUUAAGGAUACUAAUGAAUUUGGGAACGACGGCCCCAAGAUCUUCAGUAGACAUUUUCGGUGAUGUUAUUCUGGCUUUGAAUAAAAAAUACUGUGAUAAUUUAAGUAGGUGGUUAAAUUCACUUUUAGCUCAAGAAGGAUUUCCUUCAUCUAGGAUAAGUAAUCAACAAAAGGAGAAUUUUAUUAAAUCAGUUUUAAGGUGAUCAAUGUCCCCUGAGCAGGUGUCAGCUGCUGAGCAAGAUAAUUUCAAAACUUUAUAGUUUCAUAUUUCCACCAGUCUACAUGUUGUAACAGUUUCGAUAUCAAGAAGAUACUGGUGUCACAAAUGUGAAGAGAUUUUCAAAUAGCAUAAUCAACAUGUCAUAAUUUGCUAGCUAAAUACGAUGAUUUUUUAAAUGUAGAACCUUGUAAUUAAGGCCACAAAUGGUUUUCGAUAUGUGAGCCUGCAACAUGUAUUAAACACAAUUUUUAUUGUAACAUCUAAAAAGGGUAAAAACAACUAAGCAAUGUGAUAUUUUUGAAAAUAGGAAAGUUACACACAGUUGCCUUCUAACAGUAAGUAGAAUGAUAUAACUACACACUAAGUUUUAUUUCUGUUUAUACUUCAUCUUGAUCUCCCUUAUGGGUUCAGAUUUAGGGCCGUAUCGUCAGUCGCUCCUACAACUGUGGGACGCCUUUAUGGGCUCUUUGAUUUUCAUAGUUUUUCCUGCGUCUGUUUUGAGGUUAUGUUACAAAUAUCUAUUUGCAUCCGAAUGUUCAUAGACCCUAUCCCACGAGUAUCCAUCACGCUUUGACGUCUAUUGAGGUGAACAGCUGAUCAGCAAGUGACAUUUUUGUGUUAGUCUGCAACGUUGGCAGUAAUGAAUCAGGUAUAAAUCUAGUAAAACGUGUCGCGUUUUGUUUUUUGUAUGCAAAUGAACUUUUCUAAAUAAAAGAGCUGUUCGCAAGUACAGUUUGACAAAUCUAGCUUGGUCUCCCAAGGUCAGAUGCGCGGUAGACACGGCGGAAUUUAGUGGGGACACCCCGGUACCAACCAGCAGCGAUCAAGGUAGCAUCGGGGGUACAGCACCAGUAAAAAUUUUAAUUGCGUUAGCUAUAGGUCGUUUUAAUUUAUACUCGAAGGUCCUGAAAAAUGGAAAGUAAAGUUGCAAAUAAAGUUUUAAGUGGUCAAAGCCUAGAAAUUGUUGCCUCGGUAUUGAGAUUCAUACACAGAGUAAGUAUAAUUACGAUUACAAUAAAUUACAAUUACUAUUGCGAUGAUUACUAUGAUUAUGAUUAUUAUUAUUAUGCAGAUUCGAAAAUUUAAGCAACAAUUUUGCAUAUAGUUUUAACCAUUAAUGAAAGUACAAUACAGCACUUUAUCACAGAAAGAUUUCAAAUUAUCGUCAAAUUAUCUUUAGCCUUCGUGAUGAGUAUAUAUAUAUAUAUAUAUCUUGAGACGUGGUCAUUGUCGUAACGUAAAUAACAUUUAGCAACAUCCUCACAUACUACUCUCCUGAUGAUGAUUGCAAAGACCAUUGAAAGCUAGAGAGAUUAAAAAACUAUAAAGAGUCCUCCUUGCUUAAAUUUUGUCGAAGUACCCAACAAAAAGAGGAAGCUUUAAUUUUUCACCUAUAUAUAUAGUAAUGGACAAAAGUAUAUAGACAAAUAUGAAUAUUUACCUGAAUACCUUUAGAAAACGAAUUCAUACUUCAUUGCUUCAUAAACAAAUGCGUUAUUAGUAGAAAAACUCAAUUCCU